GGUUAUUUAAGUCUCUGAGACUGGUGAAACAUGUGAAAGCAUGUUAAAAGUGUUUUGUACUGCUCUGUUGUCUCCCCUUCUUUCUCAUCUUACUUCUCUCCUUUCUAAACGAGGUGUUUCCCAAAGUUUAGUUCUUGUCCCUCUUCUCUCUUCCAUAGCAUCAACCAGCUAUGUGAGUGACUACUAAAUCUCUUUCUGUCCUGGAGCUCCCUGCUCAUUUUGGUAUUUCUACUUGACUGCCAGAUGUUUGUCUUGUGGAUGGAUACCCUGAAAGUACUUCAAGGCUAUUAGCAAAAGAUGGUGGAUCGUUUGGCAAACAGUGAAGCAAAUACUAGGCGUAUAAAUAUAGUAGAAAACUGUUUUGGAGCAGCUGGUCAACCCUUAACUAUACCUGGACGGGUUCUUAUUGGAGAAGGAGUACUGACUAAGUUGUGCAGGAAAAAGCCCAAAGCCAGGCAGUUUUUCUUAUUUAAUGAUAUUCUUGUAUAUGGCAAUAUUGUCAUCCAGAAGAAAAAAUACAACAAACAACAUAUUAUUCCCCUGGAAAAUGUCACUAUUGAUUCCAUCAAAGAUGAGGGAGACUUGAGGAAUGGAUGGCUUAUCAAGACACCAACUAAAUCAUUUGCAGUUUAUGCUGCCACUGCCACUGAGAAAUCGGAAUGGAUGAAUCAUAUAAAUAAAUGUGUUACUGACUUACUCUCCAAAAGUGGGAAGACACCCAGUAAUGAACAUGCUGCUGUCUGGGUUCCUGACUCUGAGGCAACUGUAUGUAUGCGUUGUCAGAAAGCAAAAUUUACACCUGUUAAUCGUCGUCACCAUUGCCGAAAAUGCGGUUUUGUUGUCUGUGGACCCUGCUCUGAAAAGAGAUUUCUUCUUCCCAGCCAAUCCUCUAAGCCUGUGCGGAUAUGUGACUUCUGCUAUGACCUGCUUUCUACUGGGGACAUGGCCUCAUGCCAGCCUACUAGAUCAGACUCGUACAGUCAGUCAUUAAAGUCUCCUUUAAAUGAUGUAUCUGAUGAUGAUGAUGACGAUGAUAGCAGUGACUAAAGACAUUAUUUGAAAUAUUUAAUUGGGUAUGACUAUCUGAGAAAUCAGCUUUGGGGAGAAUGUAAAAUUCUGAGCUCACUCUCAGUUUUGCUCCAGCCAUGCAUUUGCCUGAGAAACUUUUAACCCAUGUGCCUCAAUAUAUUCUAUAGAAAAUAGGUCCUGUUUUUGAUUACUCCAACCCCACCACUGCCACACUCCCCUCACAGCCCCCAACUCCCCACUCUCCUACAAGGAUAGCCUAUUGCAAAUAUAGCAGAUAAAGUUUUGGCUUCUUCUUGUUUAAUUUUAGAUUAUUUUCUUGGAAGAUCGGGAAAAGGUGUUUAUAUAACAGAUCAUGUACUACAUUGUUUAUUCUAUGUUCUGUUAUGUGGAAAAACUAAAAGCAAAGAAUGAUGGAAAAAGGAGUAUAAUGUGGUUAGUUAAUAAUAUAAGCUUUUUUUCUAACCAUUCUAUCUAAUGGUUAAGACACCAGUCACAAAAAUACAUGAUUUAGAAAUACUUUGGCUUUUUUAUAUACCAAGUGGUGCCUUAUCAUAAUAGCACUGUUACAUGAAAUAAACCCCUACUUUCUCACUUUUUAUUUAGUUUUAAAAAUACACUGGUGCUCUUUGAAUCGAUAAAAUGAGUGUUUAUGAGUGGGUAUAAUUAGAAAAUACUUGUCACCUGACAGCUACAAAUAACUAAAUUUAGAGGUUCUUCAUUCUAUAUGCAUAAAUAUUUUUCCAUAAAAUAGUUAUGAUUAUGUUUUUGUUUUAUAGGUACCAAAUUAUAAUUGUCAAAAAUUUUAAGUUAAUAGGAGGUCAUUUUUUUGGAAUUUGGUUUGAAAUUUAUCCAAUAUAGAACUGUCAUAUUGCAUUACUUUCUGUUUUUAGUAAGACAUUUGUAGGUAUAAAUACAUUUGCUUUAACAUUAUUUCUAGAAUGAAAAAUCUUAUAAAUCCUUGUGAUGAAUUAAAAUCCUAUGAUAGCACAGAUCUACUUAGGCUAAGAUUUGGAAGAAAUAAUAUGUAAGAAUGGUCAAGACAGACCAGGAUUGAGUAGACUUCUAUGGAAGUAUUGUCUAUUUCAGUGUGAAACUCUUGAAUUUACAAAUAUAGUGUUAUAUUUUAUAAAGUUUUGUAAAGUCCCAAACAAUAUUUCUAUUUUUGUAAGACAAUUGUAUGUUUAAUCUGUUCCUGAAAUAAUUUUGUCAUGUAUGGAACUAGAGUAGCAAUUGAUUUUCUAAAUUGUGAACUUUGCUGAGUCAGUCUAGAUUGCUUUUGAGAAGUGGUAAUUUUUCACUCUGCUUUGAGGCAGCCAUUAUGUUGAAAGUAUAUUUAUCAUACAAAACUUGAUGCAUUUUGCAAUACUCUCUCCAUUUGUUUGCUGCAAAUAACUAGUCUUUCAAAUAUGAAAAAUCAGUCUAAAGAUAGUUUUAAAUCCUAAAUACUUUUGUUUUUAAACCUUUAAAUCUGGAUUUAUUGCAUAUGUUAUGAGAGAUUUGACUCAGUAACUUGUGUGGAGGAUUCUUUGGUUUGGUUAAGGCACUCAUUUUACUGUUAAAUUGUGAAAGCAUUGAGAUAUGUAGAUCUCCCUAUAGGAAAUGUGAAAGAAAGGCACAAUAAUUUUGUUUGUUUUAAUAUCAGAUGGACUUUUGUUUCCAAGCAAUAUAUCAUAUAAUCAACAUAUCUAAAAAGGAACAUGAAACCUGAGAAGUGCUAAUGGAGACUUACUGGUACCUAGGAGCCUAGCAGAGUCAGGAACCAAGGGAAAGUGUUCUGUGAUUACAUUUGCAUUGUCAGCCUCUUGACUUUUCUUUACAAUAAAAAAUGACUUCUUUACAAUAAAAAAUACCUUGCAACUUA